CGAGCUUGUCCGGAGAUAUGAAGCUUCGAAUUCGCUCCGUGGCGUCGAAGGAGACGCUGAGGAUCCAAGCCCCCGACCCCUCCUCUCUCCACGACCUCAAAACCCUCAUCGCACGCGCCCUCUCUUCCUCCUCCUCGAUCUCGAUCCCGCCGGGGUCAAUCCGCCUCUCCCUUAACCGCAAGGACGAGCUCCUUCCUCCCUCUCCCCACGACUCGCUCCACUCCCUCGGCCUCACCUCCGGCAACCUCAUCUUCUUCUACAUCGUCCCUGCCUCACAAACCCUAGCCCCGUCCCCCUCCUCGGCCCCCGCUCCGGAGGAAACCGUGGAAAGCUCGAAUCUUGCCCCAGUUCCUCCGCCAGAGACCCCCAGUGCCGUGGACGAGACACCGGUCCGCCUGCACGCUCAAACCCUAAACUUAUUAUCUUCCUCUGUCGCUACUUCAAUGGACAUUGCGGAAAGCUCGAAUCUUGCGCCGGUGUUGACGCAGGAUAACCCCAGUGCCAUAGCGUCGGAUUUGAGUGCACCUCAAGCGGAGGUGGUUCAACAAGAUGAUACACUGGCAUCGGACGCAGAGCCCGUUUUUGUGGGGAAGUCUCUGUCAGUUCCAUAUUUUCUUAAGAGGGUCAUGGAAGCCGAGAAGGGAGAAGCCGAGGGUCUUCUGGGUCGCCUGGUCGUCACCUUCCAUGCCGCUUUUCUCGAGUCCGGAUUUGUGGUCAGUGGCGGUGGAUCCCGAUUGCCCACAGGACGUCCAUCAAAAGCUGCUACUUUUUCCGUUCAAUACACUCUUCCUGAGCUCGUGGGUGCUGUCGACACAAGGGACGUCAAAGUGGCGAUGUUGAGGUUCUCGAUGAUGGGGAAUUAUGCGACUGUCUAUGGAUUUCUGACCGGAGAUCAUCAGGAUGUGUACCGAGUGUGUAUUGAUCUGUCAAAGCUGGCAUCUUUGUUAUCUUUAUCUAUGGAUUCUCUGAGCGAACAAGAGGAAAAGGAGGUUUUUGGACUAUGGAAGGUUGUGAAAGAUGAACUCACGUUGCCACUCCUUAUUGAUAUAUGCCGUAAGAAUGGGCUACCUUCUCCCACAUGCUUCAUGCGCCUUCCAGCCGAACUCCAGCUCCACAUUCUAAAGCAUGUUUCAGCCAUUGAUCUCGCAAAGAUCGGGUGCACUUGUUCUGAGUUACGUUUUCUGUCAUCAGAUGACCAUCUUUGGAAGCGGAGGUUUCAUGUGGAGAUUGGGUCGGUGAACGGGAGGCUAAUUACGGGCAGAAGCUGGAAAGAGAAGUAUGUGAAAUGCCGGGUGAGGAUGAUGGAAGCUGAGAAGAUGACAGAAAGGUCGAACCUACUCGGCAGCCCCAGUUAUUUUAACUCAGUUGGUCCCCGGAGGUUUCCUGUGCUAGGUGGAGAUUAUGACCGGUUCGCUGCAAUCGGUGGUUUUGGUCCGGCGGGUGUGCGAUUUGGAUGUCCAUGUCUAGCCCAUCGAAGAAACUUCCACUAG